AAGAUGGUGCAGCAUUCAGCUUUGAAUCAUUCUCAGAAUCUUUUUUAAAACCACUAAAAAGAAAUGUCAUACCACAGAAAGAUUUUCAGCAAUUAUUAGCUGAAUUUUAUUGUAAUAUAUACAAUAAAGAGUUUGUGGCAUUAUUACACAUUCAUAAUACUCUGAAAGAUUCUAUUCCUGUUCUUCCGAAUAUUGAUCAAUUUGAUCGAUUAAGAAUCAGAACAGAAAUAUUCGGUUCAACUUUAUCCUCUCGUCAUACUAGUUCAGCCAAAAUCUUAGCUCGUUUCAUCUUGAGUGAUGAUACUUUUGACACAUAUCCUGGUCAAAUUCAGUUCUUCUUUGAACAUAUGGUUUAUCUACCAGAAGCUAGAACACAUCACUUGGCAUAUGUAAGAUGGUAUAAACCAGCAGAAAAUCCUAAAAUUAGAUUUCAUUGCCAAGUGGCUGAUGAUGAUAAAACUUGCAAUAUCGAAUUAUGA